AUGUCCGGCAAUGGAAACUCCAGCGGCGGCGGCUCCGGCUCCGGCAGGCGGCGCUCCGUCGGGUUCGACUUGAACUCGUUCGACGAUUGGGCGAGCAUGUACAACUGUUUGGGUACUCCCGGUUGCCCGACCGGCCAAUCGGUGGAGGCUCCGGCUCCGGCGGGGAUCAACCUCGGUCUCGGCGUCAAUGCCGAGGAGGAAGAGGAGGCAGCGGCUGCAGAGGUUGGUGGAGACGGCAACCGGCAUGCAUACAGCCAAGCCGAAACGUUGGCUCUGUACGACGCUUGGAUCAGCAUCUCGUACGAUCCUGUCGUCGGUAAUCAACAAACCCACAAGUGCUUUUGGGAAAAAGUCACCGAACUUUACAACGCCCGAAGGCCGACGAAUACCGUUCCCCGCAACGUGAAGAUGCUCCGCAGUCAUUGGGACCGAACCGACAAAGAUGUCAAUAAAUUUUACGCGAUAUACAGGGGAGAAGAGGCGAAUUAUCAGAGCGGAGCCAGUGGAGCCGACAUUCUGACAGCGGCAUUGCGGGUCUUCAAAGACGACGUCGGCAAAGAUUUCAAGCUUGUCGAUGUUUGGCCGCAAGUCCACCACCUUGACAGGUGGGUUGGCGGUGUCGAGUCGGCCUCGGGCUCGAAACGCACAAAGCGCACGGCGCGUGGCCACUACUCGUCUAGUGAUGAAAAUUUUGUUAAAUGUGUGUCCAACAAAUCCUCUAAUUCAGUCGAUACUAAAACCUCUCAAUACGUCUAUACACCUCAUUCCCCAACAUAUUCCAAUCUCUUGAACACUUCGGUGCACAAUCCUAGAUGGAUAAAUUUUGUUAAUCAAAGGCCCAAAUUCAUCGUCGCACCAACUAACAACGACCAAAUCAAAGCCGCCAUAACAUGUGCCCGGGCCCACGGCUUAGGAAUAAGGGUCCUAAGCGGGGGCCACGACUACGAGGGCCUGUCCUAUAGGUCAAAGAGCCGGUUCGUGCUCGUUGACCUAGUCAACCUCAAUUCCAUCACCAUCAACAUAGACGACGAGACGGCCUGGGUCCAGGCCGGGGCCACAAUUGGCGAAUUGUUCUACCACAUCGCCAACAAGAGCAAAACCCACGCCUUCCCCGCGGGGCUAUACCCCAGCGUGGGCGUGGGGGGCCAUUUUAGCGGCGGCGGCAUUGGGACGCUAAUGCGUAAGUACGGCCUCGCGUCCGACAACGUCCUGGACGCAAAAAUCAUGAAUGCGGACGGCGAGGUCUUGGACCGGGAAUCGAUGGGCGAGGAUCUUUUUUGGGCGAUUCGAGGCGGGGGCGGGGCCAGCUUUGGCGUGAUACUUGCGUGGCGGAUCCGGCUCGUCCGAGUUCCUCCCGUGACGACGGUUUUCACCGUGGGGAAAGCCCUAGACGACGCGGGGAUCGAGGUCGUCGACAAGUGGCAGAAAAUAGCAUACAAGCUACCUAAUGAUCUAUUCAUUCGAGUUCUCCUCCUAAACAUAGCCGGAAAGAACACCCCAAAACCUAAAUUCGGAAUUGCCAAUUUCAAUUCCCUAUUUCUCGGGAAUGCAAAAGAUUUAUUAGCAUUGGUGGAAAAAGAAUUCCCAGAAUUAGGGUUACAAGAGGCAGAUUGCAAGGAGAUGAGCUGGAUCAACACAACACUCUACUUCCCUGGAAAGGCAGGCCAACCCUAUGAGGUUCUCCUGGAACGGGCUGCCAAGGCAACCGGAGGCGGCAGUAAGGGGAAGUCGGACUUCGCCACGAGGCCUAUCCCGAAAUCCGCGUACCGGGGGAUCAACGAGCUGCUAGUGAAGGAGGACCUAGCGUUCGUGAUCAUGGAUCCUUUUGGCGGGAAACUAGACGAGAUUGGGGAAAAUGAGACGGCAUUUCCUCAUAGGAAGGGGAAUUUGUUCAAUUUGCAGUACUUGAGUAGAUGGGGUGAGGGGGAAGGGGAGAAGAAGCAUUUGGAGUGGAGUAGAGAGGUGUAUGAGUUCAUGGAGCCUUACGUUUCGUCGUCGCCGCGGGGGGCUUACUUGAAUUAUAGGGAUCUUGAUUUAGGGUUUCAGAAGAGGGGAGAACAAAGCUACUCGAAAGCUAGGGUUUGGGGAGAGAGGUAUUUUAAGGGGAAUUUUGAGAGAUUGGCUAAGGUUAAGAAGAGGGUUGAUCCAGAUAAUUUCUUUGGGGAUGAGCAAAGUGUGCCUCCAAUUUCUUGA